AUGGCUUCUCUUCCCACCCAUCACCUCAAUGCCACUCCAACACCUUCUUCCUCUCAGACCAGCCAACUGUUGGUGGAUAGUAGUAAGGCUUCAACGUUUGGUGGUGGUGGAGUAACUGGACACACAAUGCCAGUCUCUGCUCGCGGUGUUUCUACCAGCAAUAGUAGUAAUAAUACACUCCUUGUAUCGAGUAGUGGCGAAUCACAACGAAAGCGAUCCAAUUCGUUAGCUCCUAAUACGAACAUGGAUCGAGCAUCAUCAAUGGCUUCCUUCAAUAGUACGAGUAAUAUUGUAAUUAAUACUGGAAUGUCCACUGAAGAAGAUGGAACAAGACAACAACAUUCAUCGGGUCCAUUAAGCGCAACCAUGUCUGGGGUACGUUCAGAGACUGGUACUUCAAGAUCCUAUUCUUCAACACGGUCAUCCAUCCUGUCUUCGGAGGCGUUGAGAUCAUUCGAAGAAAACCUCAUUACGUUUGUGGUAAACUUGCAACAAAACACCUUUUUUUAA